UAAAUUUGAAUUAGCGUCAAAAAAUUUCACAAUAGAGUAAAGUUUCCCUUUAACAAAGAAGACUUUAAGUUUAGAGGACUUGAACCCGAGACGCUUAGUUCAAAGUCUCAUUCAUUAUUAUUUGGGCCCUAAAACUAAUACCUUUUUGUUGUAUAUAUAGAUGCUAGGUAGCUUUAUACAAAGUCCUUGACUUAAUUAACUCUUCACAUCCCAAUUGAUCUCUCUUUAUAUAACAAAUAUCCAAUCAAUAGAUCAAACGCUCUAUUUUUUUUGAAUUUUAUAUACUCCUAAUUGAGAGCAAUUUCAACAUGAAUAGUACAAUAUGUGUAAUGGAUGCCUCGAGUUGUUUAGGUUCAAAACUUGUUAAAUGUCUUCUUCAGAGAGGAUAUACUGUUCAUGCAGCCCUUCAAAAUUGUGGCGAAUCAUCGUUGUUGUUGGACGAACUUGAAUGUGAUGAUGAUGGUGACAAGAUGAAGAAAUUAAAGAUUUUUCGAUCGGAUCCUUUUGAUUAUCAUAGUAUUGUUGAUGCUUUGAAGGGUUGUUGUGCUCUCUUCUAUUCCUUUGAACCUCCUCGUGAUCAUUCCACUUAUGAUGAACAUAUUGGAGAAGUGGAGGUGAGGGCAGCACAUAAUGUAGUGGAAGCAUGUGCACAAACAGACACUAUUGAAAAGGUUGUGUUUACUUCCUCAGCAACUGCAAUUAUUUGGGGACAUCAUGAAAAUGAUCAAAACUCUGCAUCCAUGCUUCUUGAUGAAAGACAUUGGAGUGAUAUCAACGUUUGUCGUAAAUUCAAGCUAUGGCAUGCAUUGUCAAAAACGCUAGCAGAGAAGACAGCAUGGGCAUUGGCUAUGGACAGAGGAGUCAACAUGGUAUCAGUCAACGCAGGAUUAUUAAUGGGUCCUGAUCUAACGAUCAAAAAUCCAUAUCUUAAAGGAGCUGCUGAGAUGUAUGAAGAUGGAGUAUUUGUGACCGUUGAUCUUGAUUUCUUGGUGGAGGCCCACAUUUGUGUUUAUGAACAAAUUUCAACUUAUGGACGCUAUUUAUGCUUUAAUCACAUUAUUAAUCAAACUGAAGAUGCUCUUAAACUUGCCAACAUGUUAUCCCCUUUGCCUUCUUCACCUCAAAGAAUGGAGAGUGAUACAAGGAUAAUUCAAGAGAGGAUUAGCAACAAGAAGUUGAACAAACUUAUGAUUGAAUGUCAGCCACAGAUUAAUGGCAAAUCAAGAGGAGUGCUUAUGAAAAUGUCAACAUAAUCUCCAUAAUUAAUUCAUUUAAGCAUUAUGAAUUGAUUGGUAACCUCCAUUCUUAGAAAUUAUUUUCCAAGGUAUUUCACCCAAAAGCAAGAGAAAAUAGAAAGGAAAUAAGCCCAAAAAAUGGCAUGUAAUUAUGUUGAUGUGCAAAUGUCAACAUUAGUAAAGCAAUAAUUUAAAAGCUCCAUGUGAUAAAAUUUUGCAAAUUGUAGUUGUUGCUUUUAA